AGCAAGACGAUCCAAUUAAUGGGAGACAGCGAUCUAGUGAUGUCGGAGCUUGCUAAAAUAAUGAAGCAGAUUGAGGCCAUGAGACAAGAGUUCAAAUCACGGUUUGAUUCGAUGCAGUCUGAGAUCAAGGCGCUUCAGGAGACAACAAAGCAACAUCAAGCAGCUCUCGAAACAUAUAAGAAGGAGGACGACGAGAGAGAUCAGUCUAAAUCUUCGGAGCAAGUGGUGAAUCCAUGGGAAGUCUCCGCCAAAGACGGCGGAAAAAUCGAUUACGACAAGCUUAUAGACAAAUUUGGCUGCAAAAGGCUCGACAAGUCACUGAUCGAUCGUGUUCAGAGACUGACUUCUCGUGAACCGCACGUUUUCCUCCGCCGUGGCGUCUUCUUCGCCCACCGUGAUUUCGACAAGAUCUUGGACGCGUAUGAGAGAGGAGACAUGUUCUAUCUCUACACUGGAAGAGGACCUUCAUCAGAAUCGUUGCAUCUAGGGCAUUUGAUACCUUUCUUGUUUACCAAGUACUUGCAAGAAGCUUUCAAGGUUCCCGUCGUUAUACAGAUUACGGACGAUGAAAAAUGCAUGUGGAAGAACUUAAAGCCGAAGGAAAGCAAAAGACUUGGGAGAGAAAAUGUGAAAGAUAUAAUCGCUUGCGGGUUCGAUGUAACAAAGACCUUUAUAUUCUCAAACUUUGACUUUUAUGGCGGCGUUUUCCAUGAAAACGCGGUGGAGGUUUCAAAGUGUGUUACACUUAACAAGGCUAUUGCGAUCUAUGGCUUUUCCGGUGAAGACCAUAUCGGAAAACUCAGUUUCCCUCCUGUGCAGGCAGCUCCAUCGUUUGCUAGCACAUUCCCACACUUGUUCCCUGGUGAGGAGAAUCUCCGUUGCUUGAUUCCUUGUGCAAUUGACCAGGAUCCUUAUUUUAGAAUGACUCGAGAUGGAGAGAAUGGGAAAAUGUCUGCUAGUGAUCCAAAUUCUGCUAUCUAUGUGACUGAUACUGCAGAGGAGAUUAAAAACAAGAUAAACAGAUAUGCGUUCAGUGGUGGGCAAGACUCGGUCGAAAAGCACAGAGAAGUCGGAGCAAAUCUUGAGGUGGAUAUACCAGUCAAGUAUCUGAGUUUCUUCAUGGAAGAUGAUACUGAACUUGAACACAUAAAGAAGGAAUAUGGAGAAGGAAGAAUGCUAAGCGGAGAAGUAAAGAAGCGACUCACUGAAGUUUUGACAGAAACUGUGGAGAGACACCGCAGGGCUCGAGCUAAUGUUACUGAUGAGAUGGUGGAAGCGUUCAUGGCCAUGAGACCUCUCCCAAGCAUGUUCGAGUAGAGCCCAUGAAUAACCCACAAGAACCCCUUCUUUUUGGCUGCUCUGCAACUUCACUUACUGAUGAUCUCUUCACUUGGAAUGUCCAAAGUCUUGUCAUCUCUUGUUAUAUUCUUAAUUCUUUAAUGUAGAAAAUGUCUCAUCAUUGAACAGAGUAGAAACAAUGAUUCAGUGAAAGAA